AAAAUGGCAAGCAAAGGUGCGGCCCGUGUCAGAAAGAAGGAGAUUGUCAAAGUUGUUCAUGGAGCGUUACUCAGAACCAAUAUUAAAGCACAAAUGGCGUCGGCUGCUCCACCACUUGGACCACAACUUGGUCAACGUGGGCUCAAUGUCGCGAAUUUUUGCAAAGAGUUCAACAAAGAAACAGGCCAUUUCAAACAAGGAGUCCCACUUCCCACACGAAUCACUGUAAAGCCAGAUAGAACAUAUGAUUUGGAGAUUUGUACACCGACGACGACAUGGCUUUUGAAACAAGCCGCUGGUAUUGGGAGAGGAAAAGCAAGUAAAGACGAAAUCGUUGGAAAAUUAACGGUAAAACAUCUGUAUGAAAUCGCCAAAAUCAAAUCACGAGAUAAAGCUUUACAACACGUCCCGCUUGAACAAAUCUGUCGAAUGCUGAUAAAAACAUGUAGAACAUUGGGAAUUGAUGUACAAUAUCAUGAUUUGGAUCCAGUCGAAUUGAAAGAAUUUUUAGUUGCCCGGAAAGAGAAAGUUGAUGCUCAGUUGAAGGAUUUGGCAGAUAAAAAGGCGGCGAAGAUGCUCCGAACCACUUAAUAAAUUUUGUUUGGUUAUAGGAAUAUCCUCCUAGGAUAGACGUUUUUUUCUAGUAAUUUUUGUUGUUUUUGUUCGUUACAAUAAAUCUCAUUUUUAU